UAAAUGGCUUCGAUCACUUACAUGCUCGUUGCUUUUCAGCUAUCCAUUCAAGCUGCGAAAUCAGAACCACUGAUACCAGAUGAAGCCUGGGAUUAUGUGGAGGUCAGACCAAAUGCUCACAUGUUUUGGUGGUUUUAUGGGGCCCAGGUGAAAGAUCCUGCCCAAAGAUUUCAGAAACCUCUGUUAAUGUGGCUGCAGGGAGGUCCCGGGGCUUCCUCCACAGGGUACGGAAAUUUCGCAGAGAUCGGUCCCCUGGACGUCGGUCUCGAGUCGCGCAACACAACGUGGAUAAGAGAAGCCAACAUCGUUUUUGUGGAUAAUCCUGUAGGUUGUGGAUAUAGUUAUGUCAAAGAUCCAUCGGCCCUCACCAGGAAUAUCUCAGAAAUUACAGCUGACUUGGUCACCUUCUUCAAAGCUUUUCUGCUUAAGUUCCCAAUUUUCCAGAAGAUACCAUUUUUCAUUGCUGGUGAGUCAUAUGGUGGUAAAAUGGCUGCUGCAUUUGGUAAGGCCCUAUAUAUCUUGAUUAAUGAAAAGAAGAUUCAGUGUAAACUUAAUGGGCUUGCUCUUGGAGACUCCUUGAUCUCUUUUGAAGACACAGUUCUCUCUUAUGGACUCUAUCUGUUUUCCUUUUCACUGCUGGAUGGUAAAGACUACAAUAAUGUCCAAGAAUUGGCCACGGAAACUUCUAGUGCUGCCAGUAAAGGAGAUUUUAAGACAGCUAUGGAUUUAAGCGACAAGGGAAACAAACUCAUCGCUAAUGUAACAGACAAUGUUGAUGUUUAUUAUGUGUUGCGUCAUAAUGUAUUAGAUUCUGUCUCCGCACAAUCCCAUAUCUGCAAGAAUACUUUCAGGCUGUCACAUGAUCAAAUGUUUGUGCAAUAUGUAAUAAGAGCACACCAUGACCCUCUCUUUGAGCUCAUGAAUGGGCCAAUCAGGAAGAAGCUUGGUAUUAUACCAGAAAAUGUCACAUGGGGUGGUCAAUCAGAUUUGGUGGCAAUCAGUCAACGCAAUGACAUCCCAUCAUCAGUGUUAUCAGAUGUGGGCGAACUUGUUAGGGGAGGGGUGAAAGUGAUUGUGUAUGAAGGUCAGCUUGAUAUGAUUUGUGGAACUGUGGGCCCAGAAUUGUGGAUUUCAAAACUUCAGUGGGAUGGCAUGCCAGAAUUUUUGAAGGCAUCCAGGAAACCAUUGUAUGCACCAUCAAAAUUGGAAAAGAGGGAAACUGGAGCUUUCUUGAAGAGCUACAAAAACUUUGGCCUUUACUAUAUUCUCAAUGCUGGUCAUAUGGUUCCGAUAGAUGCCCCUGAAAUGGCUUUAGAAAUGAUAAAAAAUGUCCUUAACUAAAGUUUUUUCACCAAAUGGCAAGAGUAUCCUGUAUUUUUGCAGAAAUUACUUCAUAUUUUCUUGGAAGACUUUGACCUAAAAUAGUCAUGAAACUUAAUUUAAAUGUUUUGAAGCUUAAAAAUACUGUAUUUACCCGCGUAUAUAGGCCGCACUUUUUUGACGAAAAACCACCUUGAAAGUUUGCAUUGCGGCCUUUACGUGGGUACAAGAGUUCAGAGCUCAUUAAUAUGCAAAGUUUCCCAACACAAUAAUCAACAAACUUCCUCCGUUAUUCACAAUUUUAUUCAACGCAUUAUACGAGCUUACGUUAAAUUAGUCCAUAUCUUCCAAGAAUUUGGCUUCUCUCGGCUGUAAUAAGUUUGUCCCGCUUCCGAACAUUGUUUCGUAUUUAAGACGUCCACUUGUAAUUUGCAUGGAAUAGCCGUUCCUCCUCGAGGACCUUGUGAGUGAACCCUCUUUCCAGUCACUUGGCAAGAAAUCUCCCUACCGUUCUCAAUAAAAUAACAAGCAAUACGGCUGAAUUCUGCCGACAGGUGUCCCACGAGUUUAUUUCCAGUUGAAUCGGUUUCAUAAAUUGUGGAUUUCCAGGUGUUUCCAUAUACAUGAUAUCCUCGUAUUUCACUUUUCAUUUCAUAGUUGCAAGUAGUUCCACCCAUUUUCUGGUUACUUUUGGCCCGUACGACAGCUGAAUCUUUGAAUCACAAACAACGCGAGCGAUAUCCUCGAUAACAUUUGCUCUAUUCGCUUUGCAUAGAGAAGGGGUUCAUUU